AUGGCUCCAGGAAUCAUUGAACCUCAGCCUGCCGUCUCCAUCGCGAGAUCACACUCACUGCAAGCAGUCACAGAGCCAUAUGAUGAUAUCCUACGGUUCUAUCUGAACGGAACCAAAGUUGUAAUCGAUUCUGUCUCCAUUGAUCCUGAAAUUACUCUACUGGAGUAUCUAAGAGGGAUAGGCCUAACAGGCACGAAACUUGGAUGCGCUGAAGGAGGCUGUGGCGCUUGCACUGUCGUGGUCUCUCAGUUGAAUCCCACAACCAAGAAGCUCUAUCAUGCAUCCGUCAAUGCGUGCUUGGCGCCUCUUGUUAGCGUGGAUGGCAAACAUGUCAUCACAGUGGAAGGCAUCGGUAAUGUCAAGAACCCGCAUCCAGCCCAAGAACGGAUAGCAAUGGGCAGUGGCAGCCAAUGUGGCUUUUGUACACCUGGCAUAGUCAUGAGCUUGUACGCUUUGCUGAGAAACGAAUCAGACCCUUCAGAGCUCGAAGUUGAAGAAGCCUUUGAUGGCAAUCUCUGUCGUUGUACAGGCUACCGACCUAUCUUGGAUGCUGCGCAAACAUUCAGCAAGAACAAGGCUUGUGGCAAAGCAACAGCCAACGGCGGUGGUGGCUGUUGUAUGGAGAAUGGCAACGGAGAUGCGGCAAACCGAUGUUGCAUGGAGAAGACAAACGGUGUGAAUGGAGAUCAGCCGAUCAAAAGGUUCACACCGCCAGGAUUCAUUGAAUACAACCCAGACACUCAGCUCAUAUUUCCUCCUGCCUUGACGAAACAUCAAUUCAAGCCUUUAGCAUUUGGAAACAAGCGUAAAAAAUGGUACCGGCCGGUCACUCUGAAUCAGUUGCUCGAGAUCAAGAGCGUGUACCCUUCAGCUAAGAUCAUUGGAGGCAGCACCGAGACGCAGAUCGAGAUCAAAUUCAAGGCUAUGCAAUACACUGCUUCGGUCUACGUUGGUGACAUCGCCGAGCUUCGCCAGUACAGCUUUAAGGACGACCAUCUCGAGAUUGGUGGUAAUGUUGUGCUGACGGAUCUCGAGGACAUUUGCUUGAAGGCAGUUGAACACUACGGUGCCCUCAAGGGGCAACCCUUCAUGGCAAUUCACAAGCAGAUCCGAUAUUUUGCAGGGAGACAGAUCCGGAAUGUUGGUACACCGGCUGGCAAUCUAGCCACCGCUUCUCCAAUCUCGGACCUGAAUCCUGUAUUUGUGGCAACUAACACCGUGCUUGUUGCCAAAUCACUCGAUAAAGAGACAGAAAUCCCAAUGUCACAAUUCUUUAAGGGGUACAGAACUACAGCGCUGGCACCAGAUGCAAUCAUUACAAGCCUGCGAAUCCCUGUUGCGCGGGAGAAAGGAGAGUAUCUUCGAGCGUACAAGCAAGCUAAACGCAAAGACGAUGACAUAGCUAUUGUCAACGCUGCUCUGCGCGUCUCGCUGAGCAACGACCAUGUCGUGGAGAGUGUAGACCUUGUGUAUGGAGGCAUGGCUGCCACUACUGUCGCUGCUCGAGAAGCGGUCUCUUACCUGGAAGGAAAGACAUGGACUGAUCCUGCAACACUCGAGGGGGCUAUGAACGCUCUGGAGAACGACUUUGAUCUUCGCUUUGGAGUGCCUGGGGGGAUGGCGACCUACCGCAAGUCACUCGCGCUUGGGUUCUUCUAUAGAUUCUAUAACGAAGUCCUCUCAGGCUUAGGCGUCAAGGCUUCGGAAAUUGAUCAAGACGUCAGAGGUGAGAUUGAACGUGUGAUAUCAACGGGCAAGAAAGACCAUGAAGCUACUCAAGCAUAUGAGCAGAGCAUUCUGGGCAAGGCAAACCCCCACGUUGCCGCUUUGAAGCAAUGCACCGGCGAAGCUCAGUAUACUGACGACAUACCCGUACAAAAGAACGAGCUUUACGGGGUCAUGGUCCUGUCGAGUAAGGCCCAUGCAAAGAUCCUAGACGUUGACUUUGAAGCUGCCAUGGAUCUGCCCGGCAUCGUCGAAUGGGUAGAUCAUCAUGACCUGCCGAGCCCUGAGGCCAAUUGGUGGGGUGCUCCAGUCUGCGAUGAGGUUUUCUUUGCUGUCGACGAGGUCUUCACCGCAGGACAGCCUAUCGGUAUGAUUCUCGCCGACUCCGCCAAACAUGCAGAAGCUGGAGCCAGGGCCGUCAAGGUGCAUUAUGAAGACCUGCCCGCCAUCUUCACAAUCGAAGAGGCCAUCGCCCAACAAAGCUACUUUCAGCACUAUCGGUACAUCAACAAGGGGGAAGGCGAAGAAGGUAAAUUUGAUGAUAGCGUUUGGGAAAAGGCAGAUCAUGUGUUCUCUGGUGUAGUCCGUAUGGGCGGACAGGAACACUUUUACCUUGAGACCCAGGCAUGCGCCGUCGUGCCAAAACCGGAAGAUGGAGAGAUGGAGGUUUAUAGUAGUACACAGAAUCCGACAGAAACGCAAUCCUACAUCUCCCAAGUCACCGGCGUCCAAGCGAAUAAGAUCGUCUCCAAGGUCAAACGCCUUGGUGGAGCAUUUGGAGGUAAAGAGACUAGAUCUAUACAGCUUUCUGGCAUCUGUGCUAUCGCUGCGAAGAAGACUAAAAGACCUGUGCGAUGUAUGCUAAACCGCGAUGAAGAUAUGAUGACUUCCGGUCAAAGACAUCCUUUCCUUGCAAGAUGGAAAGUCGCUGUGAACAAGGAUGGAAAGCUUCAGGCCCUGGAUGCUGAUGUCUUCGCAAACGCUGGGUGGACCCAGGACUUGAGUGGUGCGGUCGUUGAUCGAGGCCUGUCACACAUUGACGGGUGCUAUCUCUUUCCCAAUAUCCACGUCCGUGGUCGCAUAGCAAAAACCAAUACAGUUUCAAAUACCGCUUUCCGCGGAUUUGGAGGUCCACAAGGGAUGUUCAUCGCCGAAACCUACAUGGAAGAGAUUGCAGACCAUCUAAGCAUGCCAGUAGAAAAGCUGCGAGAAAUUAACAUGUACAAGCCGCAUGAGAUCACUCAUUUCAAUCAGGAGCUGAAAGACUGGCAUGUACCGUUGAUGUACCAGCAAAUUUUGGAUGGAACAGAUUAUCAGGAGCGGAGAAAAACGGUCGAGCAAUUCAACCAUGAGCACAAGUGGAAGAAGCGGGGCCUAGCCAUCAUUCCGACCAAAUUUGGGAUAUCAUUCACUGCAAUCUUCCUCAACCAAGCCGGAGCCCUAGUGCAUCUCUACCAUGAUGGCUCGGUUCUCGUCGCGCACGGUGGCACGGAAAUGGGUCAAGGUCUCCACACAAAGAUGACAAUGAUAGCAGCCCAAGCCCUCGGUGUGCCACUUUCCGACGUCUUCGUGUCCGAGACCGCUACAAAUACUGUGGCCAACACCUCUUCAACCGCUGCCUCUGCUUCAAGCGAUUUGAACGGCUACGCCAUCUUCAAUGCCUGCGAACAGCUCAACGAACGGCUCCAACCUUAUAGGGAGAAGCUUGGCAAAGAUGCACUAAUGAAGGACCUUGUCCAUGCUGCGUACUUCGACCGUGUCAAUCUCUCUGCCAACGGCUUCUACAAGACGCCUGAUAUCGGAUAUACAUGGGGUCCAAAUACGGGGCAGAUGUUCUACUACUUCACUCAAGGUGUUACUGCCGCUGAAGUGGAGAUUGAUACUCUCACUGGCGACUGGACUUGCUUGCGUGCAGACAUCAAAAUGGACGUCGGCCGGUCCAUCAACCCUGCGAUUGACUACGGCCAAAUCGAAGGAGCAUUCGUCCAAGGUCAAGGCCUCUUCACGACGGAAGAAAGCCUGUGGCAUCGUGCAUCUGGCCAGCUUUUCACUCGAGGGCCGGGCACGUACAAGAUCCCGGGCUUCAGAGACAUCCCCCAGGUCUUCAACGUCAGUCUGCUCAAGGACGUGGAGUGGGAGAACCUGCGCACCAUUCAGAGAUCGAGAGGUGUGGGCGAACCGCCACUGUUCAUGGGCAGCAGUGUCUUCUUCGCCAUCAGGGACGCGUUGAGGGCCGCCAGGAAGCAGUACGGCGUCGAGGACGUCUUGCAGCUGCAGAGUCCAGCGACGCCGGAGAGGAUCAGGAUCAGCUGCGCCGAUCCGAUCAUCACGAGAGCGCUCGUGGAGCCGAAGGAGGGGGAGAAGAGUUUCUUCAUUUCCAUUUGA